CUGGAGUUUCGUCCGCCGAGUUUCCGGAUGAGACGUCUGACUUACAGUCUCCCUCCGUCACCUCGGACAUGCAUUUGGGGGCCUCUCUACUCCAAGGAAUCUUUUGACUUUUUACCUAAACUACGCACUUCAUCAGCUUCUCUCUCUUGUGAUCCCGGUCCAUUCCUCCGAGCAACCUCAGAUAAGACUUGAAUGUGUCACAACUCACAAGCGAUCACCUAGCCCCACACUGAUCCCAGAAUUGCUAAUGUAGCCAUUAGAUACAAUGUCUGCUUCAAAACAUAGUCAUAUUCAAGAAAAUGAUGCUCAGUCUACGGCCACGAAUAAACGAAGAAAGCUACGAAAGGGAACUCACAGUUGCUGGGAAUGCAAGCAACGCAAGAUGAAGUGCACGUUCAGCUUACCCACAGACGAUGUAUGCAUCCGCUGUCGCCGACGGGGUAUCAAAUGUGUGAGCCAAGAGUAUCCUGAGGAAAUUACAACUGCUUUGGACCAAAACCUCCAAAUGGGCGAUCGCAUUGUCAGAGUCGAAAGAUUAGUCGAACAGCUUCUUAAGAAUGUUCCAAUCGACCGUGAUUUCGAUGGCCUCGAUUUGACGGGAAAGGAUCAGGGGGCCAAUAUCAAUGCCUCCAAGUCUUCUACAGUUGCAUCUGAUCCAGUAGAGGCUGUAACUCUACUCAAGUCGUCGGAAUCCCAGACUUCUGAUUUUGAUGUUAUCCGUAAUGGCAGCAGGUCUUCAAAUAUUGACACCGAGAAGGCUGCUUCUAUCAACUCAACAGAAUACGAAAAGCUGUCACAGAUCUUACAUAGGUCAUUACCAUCAGAAGAGGACGUUGCAAUGAUAUUGAAAUCAUGUGGCAACACUUCUCCUUUAUUCUAUCAGAUGCAGACCGUGCCAUAUAACCACCUCAACAAAGCAGACUCUCUCGAGACCGUGUUCAAGAGGCCAAGUUCUAAUGCGCACCCCAUUCUGACAACAAGAUACAUGCUUCACCUGGCCACUGCCUUGCAGCACCUUCACCCAUCUUCAUUCCAGGAGAUGAACGGGCUGUCAGAGCCUCCCCGAGAGAUGAUGAAAAGGCUAGCCGACAUAGCUACAAGCCUUGUCACUACCAACGAUGAUCUCAUGAGCUGUAUCGAAGGUUUGGAGUGCAUUAUGAUCGAGACUUGGUACCAUGCCAAUGGAGGAAGCCCACGGAAGGCAUUGAUCUCUAUUCGCAGGGCAAUGACUAUUGCUCAGCUCAUGGGCCUCCACCGUCAUGGCAAGGUACGGUGCAAUAUUGUCGAAAAUGAAACGCAGAUAUAUCCCGAGUUCAUAUGGUUUCGAAUACUUUCUCUCGACCGCUAUCUCUGCAUGAUCUUGGGUACCCCCCAAGCAUCUUUUGACCGCUACAUGGCGUCUGAAACUUUACUCGAAGAAGAUACAACAAUGGGUCGCCUUGAACGUAUACAUUGCGUGGUCAUGUCUCGAAUCCUGGAGCGCAAUCACACCGCACCCAGCGUCAGCGAUUAUGUCUUAACACAAGAAAUAGACCAUAUGCUACAGAAAGCAUCGAGGGAUUUUCCCUCAAAAUGGUGGCUUACCCCAAACUUGGCCACCGUUGCCAAUCAGCCAGAAUCACUCUUCUGGGAUAUGCGGCGUCUUUUUCACCACUUGUCUCACUACAACCUCCUCAUACAACUCCAUCUACCAUAUAUGCUUCGCUCUGCCACGACUGGACACAAAUACGACUAUUCGCGACUGACUUGCAUUACUGCCUCGCGCGAAAUCCUCUCCCGGUUUACCAUGUUCCACAGCUUCAAUCGUAUCGCUUUUAGUUGUCGGACCGUGGACUAUUUUGGGUUGAUGGCAGCGAUGACACUUCUGAUCGCGCAUCUCGAUGGUCACCGGCAUUUGCUUCCACCCACCUCCGAACAACUGCCAGGUAACCAAGCCCAGAUGCCAAACAAUGUCUUGGUACACCAGCGACCUUCCGACCGUGCUUUAAUAGAGCAAGCCCAUGAAAGCAUCAAAGAAGUGAGCCGGGUGGAUGGGGAUUCGAUGAGCAUACAAGCCUCUAGUUUGCUGCAGCGGCUGAUGGAUAUCGAGGCUGAAGCAGCCAGUGAAGCCACACACGAAAGUAAGAUGCAAGAGCCGCCCACGAUACGCACGCCGCAAUCAUCAAGCGCCAAUAAUACUAUCCGAGUGUCUAUCCCCUCUUUCGGCGUCAUUGAGAUUGACCGAGGGGGCAUUAUAUCUAAUGACUCGGGUGAUUUCUCUGUCGGGGAAAUUGCAGUUGAAGAUAAACAACGAAUUCGUACGGCGAAUAAUACGAAUGGCAACGUUUCAAUGGGGAGAAGAGUACAGUCGCAUGAUAUGCCAUCUCCAAGGCCAAGAAGUGGGGCCAUCAGCGUUGACCCAGCGCAGCUUUUACCUGGUUACACUGAGCAAGGCAAUGAAGAACCAAUGCUCUCGGCCAGGGAGGAUUGGAUGCUGCAAAAUAUUGAUACAGCUUUCUUUGAUACUCUCAUGAGAGGAACUGGGAGUGACGAUAGUGUUGAUUGGUCGGCAUGGCUGAACGAUCUUCAGGCACCACAUCCUCAUACUGGGGUCUAAGCCAAGCAUGUACGUACCUAGUAAAGAAAAGAGUGUGUUCAAGUCUUCGCAAAUCACGGCCGGAUUCAGGAAAAGUGCAAAUUAUAUAAGAGCUUUAACCUUCUAGACAUAUACAACACUCAGAA